UUACCCAGAUGGCUGUGUAAGUAAUACCGACUUGGGUGGGAGCCAGGGGGCGCUUUUCUGAUCCUUGAAUUGGAAGAUAAAACAUGGGAGGGGGCUGGAGGGUCCCAGACAGAAUCUCAGGUGAGGUUAACCCUUUGCAGGGAUUAAAUCUUGCGCUGGUAUGAAAAAUGCAGGAAGGAGAAUAGCUUGUAAAUUGCUGGAAGGAUGAAAAAUAGACCAAAGGAAUAGCAGCAUGAAGCAGUAAAACAAAACCAGUCAGAUUUAGGCAUGUGAGUUUGAUUUAUUCAAUAGAUCAGGUUUUUUUCAACCUUGGCAACUUCACACUCAUCUGUAUUCGAUAGAUGUAUAAAAUAUAUAGUAUAUUCAGUAUGUAUUGUAUUCAAUAUUCAUCUAAUGCAGCGGUUCUCAACCUGUGGGUCGCGACCCCGUUGGGGGUCAAAUGACGAUUUGCCAGGGGUCGCCUAAGACCAUUGGAAAUAUGGGAAGUAUACUUGCGAGUCAAAGAAUCGCGCUCCAAUGGUUGACUCCACAAGCCAGCUGCAGGCUCUUCAAAUUGCUAGCCGAAUUCGGCUUCAGGCGAGAUGAAUUAAAAAAGAGAGAAAUCUUUGCUCUGAUGUCUCCCUCUCAAGCCAGCUGCAAUCACUCCCAACUGCUAGCCUAAUCUGGCUUCAGGUGCCAUAAACUUAAUAGGGGAGGAGUCUCCGCUUCAAUGCCUCCGUCCUCAAGGCAAUCGCAAGCAGUUCAGAUCGCUAGCCAAUAUGGCUUCAGGCGCGAUAAAUUCAAAACUAAAAUAAUUUUACGGUUGGGGUCACCACAUCGUGGGGAAUUGUAUUAAAGGGGUCGCAGCACUAUAAAGGUUGAGAACCACUGAUCUAAUGUUUGGACUUCAAAUCCCAGCAUUCCCCAGCCAACAAGGAAUGCUGGGAGUUGACAUCCAUGCAUCUGAAAGUUGAGAAAAGCUGCAUUAGAUUAAUAUUGAAUAUAAUGUAUACUAAAUUUCAGUAGCUUGUCGGCUGGGGAAUUCUAGACUUGAAGUCCACACAUUUGAAAGCUGACACGGAUGAGAAACACUCCAUUAGAUGAAUGUCCCACUUUGCUUUCAGCUACUUAAGGCAGCCUAGGUAAUUAAAAUGCAAUCUGCUACCUUAAAAAAAUAUGAAAAAAUUGCUAGAUUUUGCGAUUCCUCAUUUUUCAAAGUGUACCUCAUUCUAAGGCAACUCAUCCUUCCUGCUUGAGGGAUGUGCCAGAAACAGCUACUGGAUAGUGCGUCUGCAAGACAUGGUCCAAAAAAAAAAAUCAAGCUUCAUCACAUCGCUACAGGUACUCUCUUUUUAGGUUUUGAUCCACCCGCUCCGAAUGCUUCGGCGCCUUAACCAUCUUUAAAAAAGAUUAACUUCUAUGUGCUGGAAAUGAGGGAGAAACAAAAGUUGUAACUACUUUUCGUUUUGUUGAAUGAGGAAGAAGAAAGCAGCCCAUCAAGCGAUGCUGGGGGGGGGGGUGCCACCUGUGCAUGGAGCAAGGAUAGCCCAUAAGCCCCAGUAGGGGAAGGAAGGAUCCCCCCAUGCGGAGAGUUGACAUCCUGCAGAGAUCCCACCAUGAGCCAAUGAAUCAAACGGCAGCCUUGCCUUCCAGCCAUCCCUGGCUGGUAAUGGAUAUGGCUUUUCCCUGCAGCUGCAAAAAAGCCUCUUGUUUUUUUGCAAGUUGCAACAGGUUAUUUGUCUUGCGAAUAGCUGCCUGCUGAGUCCGAAACAUGAUCUCUGCCUGGGAAGUGCAGGAAAGGGCAGAGGCAGCAACCGUGCUCUUUGCCUGCACUGUCACCACCUGGCGAGGCCAGGAACAAAGGGAGGCAAAGCCCCUGUCAAAGGGAUCCAGGCCACCCCAUGAAAACUCCCACUUGUUUUGCUCAGGAAGAGGCAGAGGAACCAGCCACCCACACCUGUUUGUUCUGGAAAGAAGAACUUUGCUCUUCUUAUCCUUCCCGAGUUUUCCCUUUUCCAGGAGAGGCGUGAAGCCCUUGAAAACGGAUACGAUAACCUUGAAGACGAGCACAUUUGAUGAUGAGUUUGGAGCUUAGGGACAGUAGUUGAGCAGUGGGUGCAGAAGCAUCGGUGUCUUGUUUAGCUCUUUGUCACUUAACAAUAAUCAACAAUAGCCACGCGGGAGCCAGCAUGACAUAAGGUGCCCAAAACCCAAAAAGCUCUGAUUUGGGAUAAACGGACUGACCUCUGAGUAGAUCUGCCAGUCUUUCCUUUUCUGUGGGUCUCCUGCUCCCCCCUCUGUAGGGGGCAUCUCACAUUUCCAUACCCCCCACAUCCUCCUCCACUGAAAGGUUUACCAUCCGAGGGUGACGUGGGAGAAGUCUCUCUCGCUCUUCUUGCGGAGUUGGCCAAUGGCUGGCCACAGCUGCAGCCUGUGUGGGCUGGGCCUGUAACCGAUACCCCCCCAAGACAUCUACCCUGGGCAACUGUCUCUAGAGCCAGAAGACAAGAGAAAGGAGUCCUGGGAGCACCGAGACCUGGAAGGGAGAGGAGAGGAGAGACAUGGCCACCAAAGUGAGGAACAUGGAAGGCACCAGGGUGGCCUUCCACUUCUCUUGGACUCUCUUGUCUUAGUAAGGGAAGCUGACUUGGUCUUCCAGCCACAGAGGACCGACUACCUUCCCUUCUUUGCAUCAAGGACAGCAGGACCUUCUACAGGGUAGAUGUUGGGUGGCCCUGGUGGGCCGCCGUAAAUUGCCUUUGAAAGCCACCAAGUUUUGGAGCCCCCACUUGAGUGGGAAAGAGCACAUUACUUCCCACUUAACCAUGAAUUUUGGCUUCACGCAAGAGCAAGUGGCCUGCGUGUGUGAAGUCUUACAACAAGGGGGCAACAUCGAGCGCUUGGGACGUUUCCUCUGGUCCCUGCCAGCUUGUGACCAUCUGCACAAGAACGAGAGCGUCCUAAAGGCCAAAGCGGUGGUGGCUUUCCAUCGGGGCAAUUUCCGAGAGCUCUACAAGAUCUUAGAGGGCUAUCAGUUCUCUCCACACAAUCACCCCAAACUUCAGCAACUCUGGCUCAAAGCUCACUACACCGAAGCGGAGAAGUUGCGUGGAAGGCCGCUGGGAGCCGUAGGGAAAUACCGGGUGCGUCGCAAAUUCCCUUUGCCUCGGACCAUCUGGGACGGGGAGGAAACCAGUUACUGUUUCAAGGAAAAAUCGCGGAGUGUGUUAAGGGAAUGGUACAUCCACAACCCCUACCCAUCCCCUCGUGAGAAAAGAGAGCUGGCAGAAGCUACUGGGCUGACCACAACUCAGGUCAGCAACUGGUUCAAGAACCGGCGCCAGAGGGACCGUGCGGCAGAGACCAAAGAGAGGGAGAACGGCGAGGGCGGCAUUCUGAAGGAAGGGCAUGGGCUGCCCCGAGACAGACACAUGAUCCCCAGCUCCGAGGACGAAAGCUCCCCCAUUGACAGCCCCUCACUGCUCUACCCGGCCUUGCAGCUUUCAGUUCCCGAGGGAUCCUCCAUUCACAAUGCCCCACGGGUGGAUUACCUGCAGAACCAGCCCCUCCACAAUGGCCUCCUGGGGUCCCUCACUUCCACUCUCGUAAAUCUGGGAUCCUGAAACAAU